ACAUGUAUACAUGCACAGGGAAUAUAUUUAGCUAUGACUGGUUAUAUGCUGACUGGUUUGUUAGUUGUUGGCACACCAGUCGUGAAAAAGGAUUAAAACUCUAAAUAACCGUUGUUUUCCAUAAAGGUUGUUAAGAACGGAGUCUGAAAGGGAAUACCAGCAAGACUACACCCAAAUGCUUAUGCACAAACAUGGCUCAGACAUCAGAAGUUUUCGGUGAUGAUGAAAGCUUUGUGAAUGUUUACAAUGAUUCGACAUUGAAAAGCGACACUCUCGAACAAGACGGGAUACUGCUGCCGAUGACCCAAAUGGUACACAGAGCACCUAAUGACGAUAUUUCAUCAAACACAACAGAAAGCAGCAGUCCCCCCACGGACUUCAUGCUAUCACCGUGGAAUUCAAAUUCUGAUGCCGAAAUAAGUUGUGAUAUCAUUGACUUAAAAGACGUGUGUAGAACGGAACAUGUGUAUCAAAAGCAAACUAAAGAUCUCACAAGAAACGAUGAUAACAUUUUUGAGGUUAAUGCACGGCCAAAUCGAGAAACUGCCAAACUAACGUUUCCGCCUUGUUACGUGUGCGGUGCUAAGGCAUGUGGUUGCCAUUACGGCGUCAUUUCAUGUGCGGCAUGCAAAGGGUUUUUCAGAAGGUAUUUGUUAAGGAAAGACAGUUACACUUGUAAAAAGGGAGGUAAUUGUGUUCUUAAUGAUAAGGCCAGGGGACACUGUAAAGGCUGCCGAUUAAAGAAAUGCCUUGAGGUAGGAAUGUCAAAGGAAAAAUCGAGUAUAGGUAGAUACAAACUGUCCAAGCGGACAGAAACCAUAAUUGAGGCAAAGUCUUCGACAGGUGCAGGCACACAAGUAGAGGGAGAUAGUGAUAAAGAAAAACAAGUCAAAAACCAAGAAAGCGUCAUGGAUUUAGAUGCAUCGCUAGAUAUCGUUUGCUCAAAGCUAUCGCGAUGUUGUAUUGGAUCUGAGAAGCCGAACGAGUUUACUGAUGACAUUGUCAGGAAAAUAAAAGAACAUGUAGGUAUAAUGCGAAUCUUUUCAGUGGGCAAUCUAAAGGAUGAAGAUGUCCCAAAAGCUCUUGAAGAUGCGGCAGAAAAUCAUAAACGGAGGACAGAACUGUUUGGAAGUUUGAAGGCAAUAAGUUGGACCGAGUUUACGGAGAUUUACAAACAACACGGACUUGAUAUAGAUGGACGUGUUGCUGACAUUGAGGAAAGUGUACAGGACCUGGACGAGUGGCUUGAGAGCAUUUGUGAUUUUGUAAAAGAAAUACCAUUGUUUUUGUCUUUGCCAAUGCGUGACCAGGUCAAUCUUAUUAAAGCAAGUGCAAAUGAAAUAGAUAUCUUGUUAACUUUUAGGGAAUUUAGUGCUGAACACAAAAUCUUUAUACGAAUGGGAAAGGUUUAUCAUGAAGAAGACGUAGUAGACAAAUAUGUUUCAAAGCGGAACUUUGAUCAGAUGACACUUUGCCUUGUCAAGCUACAGAAACUCGAUCCAAACCCAACAGAACAUGCGUUAAUGUGUGCGUUAGUUGUGUUCUCAACCGGCCGAUGCAAGCUCAUCAACCCACGAUUAGUCGAAAAGUGCCAAGCCAUGACGGCCGAUCGUCUGCAACUGGAAGUGAGAAGACAACACGCGGACUCGUCUCGAAGGUUUGCUAAAAUCAUGGACUGCCUUGUCGACACAAGGGGUAUUUCUGACAUGUUUAAUGACGACUAUGACUUAUAUUAUACAAACGAGAUUGUGCGAGAGAAGGUACCAGUUUUAGCGAAACUUAUGCCGGAAGAAGAAAGAGAACCGUUUGGAAGUUUAAUGGCAAUUAGCUGGACUGAGUUUACUGAGAUGUAUAGGCAGCACGGACUUGAUAUAGAUGGACGGGUAGCUGACAUGGAGUUCUCUGCUAAGGAACUGGACAGUUGGUUUGACAGAGCGUGCUGCUUUAUGAAAGAGCCAUCAGAAGUUUUCGGUGAUGAUGAAAGCUUUGUGAAUGUUUACAAUGAUUCGACAUUGAACAGCGACACUCUCGAACAAGACGGGACACUGCUGCCGAUGACCGACAUGGUCCAUAGAGCACCUAAUGACGAUAUUACAUGUAUAUCCAACACAACAGAAAGCAGCAGUCCUCCCACGGACUUCAUGCUAUCACCGUGGAAUUCAAAUUCUGAUGCCGAACGAAGUUGUGAUAUCAUUGACUUAAAAGACGUGUGUAGAACGGAACAUGUGUAUCAAAUGCAAACUAAAGAUCUCACAAGAAACGAUGAUAACAUUUUUGAGGAUAAUGCACGGCCAAAUCGAGAAACUGCCAAGCUAACGUUUCCGCCUUGUUACGUGUGCGGUGCUAAGGCAUGUGGUUGCCAUUACGGCGUCAUUUCAUGUGCGGCAUGCAAAGGGUGUUUCAGAAGGUAUUUGUUAAGGAAAGAUAGUUACACUUGUAAAAAGGGAGGUAAUUGUGUUCUUAAUGAUAAGGCCAGAGGACACUGUAAAGGCUGCCGAUUAAAGAAAUGCCUUGAGGUAGGAAUGUCAAAAGAAAAAUCGAGUAUAGGUAGAUACAAACUGUCCAAGCGAACAGAAACCAUAAUUGAGGCAAAGUCUUCGACAGGUGCAAGCACACAAGUAGAGGGAGAUAGUGAUAAAGAAAAACAAGUUAAAAACCAAGAAAGCGUCAUGGAUUUAGAUGCAUCGCUAGCUAUCGUUUACUCAAAGCUAUCGCGAUGUUGUAUUGGAUCUGAGAAGCCGAACGAGUUUACUGAUGACAUUGUCAGGAAAAUGGCAGAACUAUUAGGUAUAAUGCGAAUCUUUUCAGUGGGCAAUCUAAAGGAUGAAGAUGUCCCAAAAGCUCUUGAAGAUGCGGCAGAAAAUCAUAAACGGAGGACAGAACUGUUUGGAAGUUUGAAGGCAAUUAGUUGGACCGAGUUUACGGAGAUUUACAAACAACACGGACUUGAUAUAGAUGGACGUGUUGCUGACAUUGAGGAAAGUGUACAGGAACUGGACGAGUGGCUUGAGAGCAUUUGUGACUUUGUAAAAGAAAUACCAUUGUAUUCGUCUAUGCCAGUGCGUGACCAGGUCAAUCUUAUCAAAGCAAGUAUUAAUGAAUUAGAUAUCUUAUUAACUUUCAGGGAAUUUAGUGCUGAAGACAAAAUCUUUAUACGAAUGGGAAAGGUUUAUCAUGAAGAAGACGUAGUAGACAAAUACAUUUCAAAGCGGAACUUUGAUCAAAUGUUACAUUGCCAUGUCAAGCUACAGAAACUCAAUCCAAACACAACAGAAAAUGCGUUGAUGUGUGCUUUAGUUGUGUUCUCAACCGGCCGAUGCAAGCUCAUCAACCCACGAUUAGUCGAAAAGUGCCAAGCCAUGACAGCCGAUCGUCUGCAAAUGGAAGUGAGAAGACAACACGCGGACUCGUCUCGAAGUCUCGUAGUUCAGCAUACAAUUCACAUUCAAGUAAAAAGUGAUAUUCGUCUUCAAGAGUGUUACAAAAUAGGCAUGCUCUUUCAUUAUAAGGUUUUGCGGUUGGUUUAUGCCAUCUACCUGUUUCCAUUGUUUUUGUCUCUGCCAGUGCGUGACCAGGUCAAUCUUAUCAAAGCAAGUCUCAAUGAAAUAGAUAUCUUGUUAACAAUAAGGGCAUUUAGUCCUGAACACAAAAUCUUUAUAAAAUCGGGAAGGGUUUACCAUGAAGAAGACCUCGUAGACAAAUACGUUUCAAAGCGGUAUUUUGAUCAGAUGUCACAAUGCCUUAUCAAGCUACAGAAACUCGAUCCUAACCCAACUGAACAUGCGUUGAUGUGUGCGUUAGUUGUGUUCUCAACUGGCAGAUGCAAGCUCAUCAACCAACGAUUAGUCGAGAAGUGCCAAGCCAUGACAGCCGAUCGUCUGCAACUGGAAGUGAGAAGACAACACGCAGACUCGCCUCGAAGGUUUGCUAAAAUCAUGGACUGUCUUGUCGACACAAGGGGCAUUUCUGACAUGUUUAAUGAUGAGUCUCAAGAAUAUUUAGCAAACGAGAUUAUGCGAGAGAAGCUGCCAGUGUUUGGGGACCUUAUGCCGGAAGAGAAUUAGGUGUUAGGGUUGUGUGGUUUUCAAGUCUUGAUUAAUGGGAUGUAUGUUCCGGAAAUAUCUUGUGUUACAUAUAUGAGCCUUUAUCUGAUUUUUGGAACCAUCACUGAUCACCGAAUGUGUGUUUGUUUGUUGUACAUACACUUGCUUUCCAAAAACUGUUUCAUACGAUUUGUUUUACAUUGUUGAAUAAAAAGUUUCUAAUGUCUGUCUUGCACAUCACAUACAACGGAAUAAAUUAU